AAUCUCUCAAUGACAGACUCAGACUCGCAACACCAGGAGCACCUCCCUCGAAUGCCAAGUCGAUCGCCAGUCGAGCCGGUCAUUGCGAAUAUCAGCAUGCAUGACUAUCGCGCACUCAUCCAGCGUUACGAGGCCGCAGCCGCUGAUCCAGCGCAACGCGAUGCAACGACUGCAGCAGGUCAUCAGCAAGACUUUGACAGGUCGACGUUGGCCAAUGCAAUCCGAGCGUACGCGCUGCGGCUGCACACCGCCAUGACCACAGGCAACGAGAUCCUGAUGGCUCAAGUGCUCCCAUGCAUGCACCGCGAGCUAACGCCGCCGCCGCCGCCGCCGCUGCUCGAGCGCGAUUUGAGCGAGGACGCUGCUGCUGCUGCUGCUGCCGCGGCCACCAUUGAUAGUACUGCAACCGAUGCGACUCAUGCUACUACGACUGCUGCUCCUGCUGCGAAACUGACCCCGAGGAAGCGGCAGGCGAUGGAGGCGUUUGACUUUGGCGACCUCGGCGACGGCGCUGAACAGCCAGCCGCCGCAUUGUCAUCAUCCAUGUCAAAGUUGCAAGGUGCCGAGCCGAGUCCAGCUCGGUAUCAAUCACCGAGAAAGUUUGCACGAAUGGACAAUGCGGCGGCGGCGGCGGGUGGCACUCCAUCUCCGAAAUCUGGCCGUGCCAAGCGAUCCUUUGGCAGCUCGGACGCGUCGCUCGGUCGCGUUCUGCAGCAACUUCACCACGAGCACGCUGCAGAACGACAGUCGCUCGAAGGCAGUGCUCAGCACGAGGGGCAAGAAGCUGCCGCACAAGAAGAGCCGCCCGCCGUUGUGCAAGCGGCAAAUGCGACCAUCGCGCAUUACCAAGAGCUGGAUGCACAUCACCAAGAUCGGCAGGCACAUCACCAAGAGCUAGAGGCGUUCAAUUUGAGCACUCUUUCAGGCGAGACGUUUGACUCUCGAUCUGUUCCGUCGUCGCACAUUGAUUCCGGCAUUGUGUCGUCGUCUCUGGCAGCCUCUCCUGCGGUACGACGCGACUUUCCACGGCGGCCAGUAGCAAUGCUGCAGCAGCCACUGCCAGGCUCUACGAACAAUGCCCUCCUUCGGGGCGUGGCAAAUCAAGCACCUUUGGAUUUAUCACCUCCAGUGCUUUCUUCAACCGGUUCCAGUCGAGAUCGCGCUGUGGCCAGCCCACUUGCGACAGAAUCUAGCUAUGCACAGAGUCAAGGCAAUCUACAAGCAGCAGUGCACCAUCAUCCAAGCCUCGACUUCUCGCCGCCCAUUCUGUCGGAGGCUGAUGCGUCGCAACGACACGCCGCCACCCCGUUUCCGAACAAUUUCAGCACGCCCAGCUCUGCUCAGCCUGCAUUUUCAGAGGCAAUCAUUUUGAUGUCUGCACCCGACAACUCCGAGAUUGUGUUUGUCCAGGACUCGCUUCAACGUGCGACACCUGCGUCGUCCGUCUCCAACCACCCCAACGGCACUGCUGGGUCCGUCUCGGCAAUUGAUCGUUUACAGCAGUAUCAGAGCCUGCCAAGCUCGUUGCCAUGAUGCCGAGUUGGAAUGCGUUGCUUGUAUAAUAGCGU